AUCGUCUUAGAAUUACAACUUAAAAUACAGCCAUCGGUUUGCCUGGAUAGAAGUUCAGUACAUGGGCCUACUUUGGCGUAAAUUCAGGUGUCUGCACAAGGGAUUUUGGUUGGUUCCUGUUCUUUGAGUUUCUUACUACACUCCAGUCCAGAACACAAACGGGGUUGUAAAUUUCAUGCACGAGAAACCCUUUUUGAUCAGAGGAGAAAAAAGAUGAAUUCCUGAUUGUUCAAGUUCUAAGGUACACCGUUCUUCAUUUUUUACUUGUCAAUGAAAGCUGUAGAACUCCAACUACAAAGUGUUUUCACACAUUGGAGAUGUUCCAUGUCAUUUUGACAACGUCUUUCCAGAGCUUAUGUUGUCUGUCCCAGACAUUAGGCUUUAUAAAUUCACCUAGAAAUCUGUACAAGGCACGGUCUUGCCAAGUACAGGCUGCACCUCCCUCAUCAAUUAUUUUAAACGCAUAUGAAAGUGAUGAAUUUUCUGAGGGUAAGAAACUUUAUGGAUCUGCCACCCCUUUGGUCAAUCAGGCCAGUAGCGUGGGAAUAAUUGGAGGGGUAUCUGUGAAUGCUACACUCAAAUUUUUUAGGAAACUUGUGGAGUUCAGUGCUGAAGAUGGAGGAAAUCCCCCUCCUUUGGUACUGUGUUCUGAUCCUCUUUUGAGUAGGGAGCUUUUGUCCUAUGAAAGAGAUUAUUUGGUUUCUGGUACUAGUAAAGUGGAAAAUUUGAAAUUGGAUUCUUCAUCUAUUGUGCAGAACGUUAUAAAUAAAAGGGUUUUUCUUGAGUCUUCUGGGGCUCGUUGCAUUGUGAUGCCUUGUCAUGUAUCACAUUCUUGGUAUAAAGAGAUAUCAGCGGGAUGUUCUGUUCCUUUUCUUCACAUGGCUGAGUGUGUUGCCAGGAAGCUCAAAGAAGCUAAGUUAAAGCCACUUGAAGCUGGUAAUUCUUUGCGGAUUGGAGUGCUUGCAACUAAUGCAACUCUAGCAGCUGGGUUUUAUCAGGAGAAGCUUCACAAUGAAGGGUUUGAGGUUGUGCUGCCUGAUAGAGCAACUAUGGAGCAUACAGUGAUACCUGCAAUUGAAGCUUUGAACAGAAAGGAUAUGGAAGGGGCAUGCAAUCUAUUGAGAAUUGCACUUCAAGUUCUUUUGGUGAGGGCAGUGAACUCUGUUAUCCUUGCUUCUGAUGAUAUGCGGGAUCUAUUGCCCAAAGAUGAUCCUCUUCUUAAGAAAUGCGUUGAUCCAAUGGAUGCCUUAGCUUGGUCAACUAUCAAAUGGGCAAGAUCAUCUGGAGAUAAUAUAUGGCAAUAGAAAGUGAAAUUAUGGUUCUUUCUGAGCUGCUUCUGUAAUCUCAUUGAUAUCAUGUUUCGAGUUAAUGUAAUUUUUUGUAUUUUGUAUUCAUCAUUGAAUUCCAUUUCCCUCAUU